AUCAUAUGUGAGCAUAACCCCAUAAUUGAAAAAAGUUUGUGACGUGUGUGGAUGUGAACAUUGUCCGGUCUUUUUUACUUUCUCUGCUAAAAAUCGAAGCACGAAUAACGUUUACAUAUCUACCUUAUUAGUAGUUGAUCUACUUUUUAAUUUUCUAAAUAAAUAGCGAUGGCUGUAACAAUGACUGCUAAAGAAGUUAGAAAUGCUUACAUAGACUUUUUUAAAGAGAAAAACCACACUUAUGUGCAUUCUUCUUCGACUAUCCCAUUGGAUGAUCCGACAUUAUUAUUUACCAAUGCUGGUAUGAACCAGUUCAAAUCUAUUUUUUUGGGAACAGUGGAUCCCAAUAGUGAUUUGUCAAAAUUGGUACGUGCAGUUAAUUCGCAAAAAUGCAUCAGAGCUGGAGGCAAACAUAACGAUUUAGAUGAUGUUGGUAAGGAUGUUUACCAUCAUACAUUUUUUGAGAUGAUGGGUAACUGGUCUUUUGGGGAUUAUUUUAAGAAAGAGGUUUGCACUUGGGCUUGGGAAUUUUUGACACAGAAACUUAAAUUACAGGCUGAUAGACUGUAUGUGACUUAUUUUGGGGGUGAUCCAGCUUCUGGAUUGGAACCAGACAAUGACUGUAAACAAAUAUGGCUCAACUUGGGUGUAAAACCAUCACAUGUCCUGCCAGGUAACAUGAAAGACAACUUUUGGGAAAUGGGGGAAACCGGACCAUGUGGUCCUUGUUCUGAAUUGCAUUAUGAUAGAAUUGGGAACAGAGAAGUACCGGAACUAGUGAAUAUGGAUGAUCCCGACGUUUUGGAAAUUUGGAAUCUAGUGUUUAUUCAGUAUAAUAGGGAAAGUGACGGUAGUUUGAAGCCUUUGCCCAAGAAGCACAUCGAUUGUGGGCUAGGAUUGGAAAGAUUGGUUUCUGUCAUACAGGAUAAGAGAUCAAAUUAUGACACUGACUUAUUUCUUCCAUUAUUUGACGCCAUUCAAAAAGGCACUGGUGCUCCACCAUACCAAGGUAGAGUAGGAAAGGACGAUACUGAUGGUAUUGAUAUGGCAUACAGAGUCUUAGCAGAUCAUGCAAGGACUUUAACAAUAGCUUUGUCCGAUGGUGGCAACCCUGAUAAUACAGGCCGUGGAUAUGUCCUAAGAAGAAUAUUGAGAAGAGGUGUACGAUAUGCCAUCGAGAAAUUAAAUUCUAAACCUGGAUUUUUCGCUACUCUAGUCAAUACCGUUGUUGAAAUUCUUGGUGAUAUUUUUCCAGAAGUUAGAAAAAAUCCUCAAGGAAUAAUUGAUACAAUCAAUGAAGAAGAAGAACAAUUUUUGAAAACCCUAUCAAGAGGUAGAAAUUUAUUGAACAGGACCAUCUCCAAGUUGGAUUCGAAUGUAAAAGUCUUACCUGGUGAUGUAGCUUGGAGACUGUAUGACACAUAUGGAUUCCCGGUGGAUUUGACGUCUUUAAUGGCUGAAGAAAAAGGGAUGGAUGUUGAUAUGGAGGCUUAUGAAGAGUCGAAAAAACAAGCACAAAUUACUUCACAGGGAAAAGGCACUGGCGUAGCUGACACCAUAAACCUCGACGUGCAUGCUAUUACUGAACUGCAAACCAAAGGUGUACCACCUACUGACGAUCUCGACAAAUACUCCUACGACUCCACCGAAACCCCCGAUUCUGAAUAUACCUUCAAACCAUGCGAAGCUACCGUCAUAGCCCUGCGCUACGACAAACGGUUCGUCGAUGAGGUACAUGCUGGGCAGGAAUGCGGCGUCCUAUUAGACAAAACCAAUUUCUACGCCGAGCAGGGCGGUCAGAUCUUCGAUACGGGGUAUUUGGUGAAAGUGGGGGACGAUAGUGUCGAGUUUACCGUUAAGAAUGUGCAAGUCAGGGGUGGGUACAUCAUACAUAUUGGCAAUUUGGAGGGGGCUUUGAAGAAGGGGGAUAAAGUUAGUCUGCACGUCGAUAGCUCGAGAAGGCGAUUGGUGAUGAGCAACCAUACUGGUACUCACGUACUCAACUAUGCUCUUAGGAAGGUUUUGGGUACCGAAGCCGACCAACGAGGCUCCUUAGUCGCUCCGGACAGACUUCGCUUCGACUUCACCAACAAAGGCGCCAUGACCGCCGAUCAGGUGAAAAAAGCCGAACAACACUCCAAAGAACUGAUAUCGCGCAACAAGAAAGUUUACGCCAAAGACACCAGCUUGGGCGUGGCAAAAACCAUUAGGGGCCUACGGGCAGUUUUCGAAGAGACCUACCCGGAUCCCGUAAGAGUCGUUUCCAUCGGUAUACCGGUGGAAGAUUUAGAGAAGGAUCCUUUCGGACCGGCCGGUGAUGAUACCUCAAUAGAAUUCUGCGGUGGGACCCAUGUGCAAUAUGCUGGUCACAUUGGGGAUUUUGUCAUAUCCAGUGAAGAGGCCAUAGCUAAAGGUAUCAGAAGAAUUGUAGCUUUAACUGGCCCUGAAGCUACUAAAGCCUUAAAAAGAACCGACCUACUCGAAAACGGACUAAACCAACUAAAAUCUACCAUCGACGCUGACAAAGAUGGCGCCAAAUCGAAAGAGCAUGUUAAAAAGAUCGUAGAACUAACAGAAGAAGUAUCGCACGCUCUGAUACCUUACUGGAAGAAAGAAGAAAUCAGAAACUCAUUGAAGAACCUCAAGAAAUCGUUGGACGACAAAGAUCGCGCCGUCAAGACUGCCGUGGCACUUAAAGUGGUUGAAGAAAUUAAAGAAUUCGUUAGAGCCAAUCCGGAUUUACCGAUUUUAGUAAAAGAAUUAAAAGCUUUUAACAACACUAAAGCCUUGGAUACGGCCUUGAAGCAAGUGAGGACUUUGAGUCCUGUUACUGCAGCACUGUUUGUGACUAUAGACGAAGAUUCCAACAAGAUAUUCUGUUUGUCGUCAGUGCCUAAAGAUGCCGUUGAAAAGGGACUGAAGGCAAACGAGUGGGUGCAAGAGGUAGCUAAGAAGAUUGGCGGUAAGGGAGGUGGUAAGCCUGAUUCUGCUCAAGCUUCCGGGAAUAAUGGUGUUCCUGUUUCUGAUCUAUUAGAUUUGGCUAAAAAGUUCGCUGAAACUAAACUGUCUUAAAAUUGUAAGAAAAAAAUGUUUAAUUUUCCAGUUUUAAAUGCAUUUGAGGUU